UCCAUACAAAAACAAAAUCUCCCAACAAACGAACAAUGUACCGGAAGUUGACGAAAGUUUUACUAGCAGGUUGUACUAAAUUUUAGUCGUAAUAGUUUGAUUCAAUCUCAUAAGAAAAAGAAGACGUUUUUGCGAAACUUCUGUAUGAAUGCGGAUAUCAGAUUUCUUUUUAUAUUGUGAGGAAUACCUCUUAUUUCCAAUUCUAACACUUUUUAAUUGAUCCCGAACUUUAUAUGCGUAACAGUUUUAGAUUUUACAAUAAGAAAGAUGGCGAGCACCAAAGCAAAGAAUGUGCGAGAAAGCGAACAAAAACUAUUGGAUGCUAUUGUGAAUGGCAGUUUGGAUGAAGUGAAGACUCUUUUAGCUGAUCCAGAUGUCAGGACAGAUUUCACGGAUGAGACUGGGAUGACCCCACUGCAACAUGCAGCAUUUAGAGGACGUAAAGAAAUGGUGGAGCUUUUCCUGGCUAAUGGAGCAGACGUCAACUCGGAUAAGCAUGAGAAUUCGUACUCCACUUUGAUGUUUGCCUCUCUGUCAGGUAACACUGAAGUGACCCGUCUAGUGUUAGAAGCCGGAGCAAAGGUUACUGAUGUGAACUCUGUCGGUCGAACUGCGGCGCAAAUGGCAGCUUUCAUUGGCCAGCAUCAGUGUGUGUCUGUGAUCAAUAACUUUUUCCCAAAAGAAAAUCUUCAGUACUUCACCAAGCCACAAGGUUUGGAGAAAGAGCCAAAGCUGCCCCCUGAAAUGGCACCUGCCUUGUGCAAGAUGAUAAACAUGCCAUAUCUCCACCCAGUCAAGUUAUGUAUGUAUAUUCAAGACCAUCCAGGACUUCUGGACCACUAUACAGGGAUUGUGAGAAUCUUCGAGAUCCUGUGUGAGAGAAGCAUGAAAGCUCGGGACACAAACGACAUCUUCGCCAUGAAAUCUCAUUAUUACUCUGUGCUUUUUAAAACCACUGGGAAAAUGUACAAGGAGAUUGGAAAUAUAGACAGCUUCAUCAAAUCAUUGAUAAGGGGCAGAGAAAGUGAUGGAUGUGCAGAAUUUCAAGAGAAAUUCCUUCGACAAGUUUUAAGAGAAUUUCCCUAUGCAGAGUCUGAGCUUCUACAACAGAUGGUGCGGAAUUUGGCUAACAUUAAAAUAGGAGAUCACCCCUCAGCUCUGCAUGUAUUGUGUCAGGGAAUCAACGGACAGAAGUUCAUGGAUGAGGAAGAUGUGUGUAGUACUUGUGGAACUCUGAGAGCUCAGAAAAAAUGCUCAGCCUGUAAAAUGGCUUGUUACUGUAACCAGCAAUGUCAAAAAUUACACUGGAGCACGCAUAAAAAGUUCUGCAAAAAGUUAGCAGAGGAGUAUCAAGAGUUGGAAGAAAGGAAGAAAAUGGAACAAAAGGAAAAAGAAAGGCAAGAACAGAUUCUGAAAGAACAAAAGCAGCAAAUGGGAGAAACACAAAGUGAUAAACAAGACGUCACAGAGAACAGAAGUGAGGGAAGCUCGGAGAUCAGGAAGGACAACUCUGCAAUGGCUGCUGAGCCCUAGACUUCUUCAUUCGCCGUGACAAGCAGCAUUCCAUCCAAAACAUUUUACUUUCUAUUGUAAUGUUGUAUUUGUAAUUCAUAGGCAAAAACGUAAGAUGUAGAGUUUCAAAGGGAGAUCAAAUUGUCACAGUAGAUAAAGUGCAGAAAUGAUAUAAAAGUCAUUACUGGUCAUUUGUCCAGCUUCAGUUUUUGUUUCCUCUGAGUCUUAAUUCGAGUGAAAGUAUGGUAAGAAUACUGUAACUGUAUUACAUUUGGCUGUGUAUUCUAUUUAGCGCCUUUGGCGGAACGCAGCCUCUGCUAAAUCAAGUACAUCGCUAAAUGCCAUCCGUAAAUCUAGAUGUUUAAAGUAAUUCAGGAAUGCGCUAAAUCAAAUCUACGCUAACUUGUUGAAAAAACGAUUUCCACCAAAUAUCGUACACACCAAAUAUAAUACGUUUACAGUAUCAAGUCCUUUAAGUCGGGUAUUGGUGCUAGUAAUACAUGUACAGUGUAAAUGUAAGUUGUUAAUAAUUAUUAGGUUGGAGAGAAGGAUUUAUCUCAAGCUUAUAUUGUUCAUGUUUGUGAAGUUUAUGUAAGUUAAAAGAAUUCUAUUUGUAGUGUAUUGAUGUACUGUAAGCAUUGAAACUUCUGAUAUAUGCGUACAUCUGUACAUACCACAUUCUUCUUAGUAGCUUCAAGGUCAAUAUUGAAUUGUAGUAAUAAUAUUUAAUAGAGAAAUGAUAAAUACAUUGAUGUGUUAAAUAGAUUGUGUCUUUCAUUCAACAUCCCAUUGUCAAGUUACAUAAUAGUGAAGUUUUAUUUUUGUAAUAUUUUUUAUUUAUUAGAGAUAUACUGAAAUUUGAAGGUGAAUUAAUCGUGAACUUAGCUUGUGACUCGAGGAUAUGUUACAAAUAUGAUAUACCAUAUUCAUCUUAACGAGUGACCCCUACCCCUAUAAGCACCCUUGGGACUUUUUUUCAUCUCUCAACAAUUAAAAGUCCCUCCCCCCUUUAAAUACAGUACAACUUACCUUAUACCGGUAAUACCUGCCAUAUCAUAGUGUAUUUACUACCUGUGGUUUUGAUGAUAUGAAAUAAUAAAUCAAUCAAUAAGACCCAAGUGGAUUAAUACUGUAGAUUACUUAUUUUACGUGAGUACUUAAUAUGGUGAAAUGACUUGUAUGCAUCGAAUCGCGUUAACACAAAUUCGCGAGUUGUUUGUGACUUAAAAGUUCUUACAUGUAUUUCAGCAACAGAAAAUUAAAAGCAAGAAAUUUUAAUUCGUGAGCGAUACCGCUCACAUAAUUACACAAUAAUGAAUUCCUCGCGUAUAUUUGAGAAUCUACAGUACAACAAUAACUCACCUAGAAUUUGAUACAGUGUAUCUAUUUAAACAUUUCUUCAAGUCAAAAUUUCAAAACAAAGGACUAAGUAACGACCCCCUUUUCUAAUUGCCCAGGGUGUUCAGUAUAAUGAAUAAGAUUUAGGUCGCAGGAAAGAUAGAGGGGUUGCAGGAAAGGUAGAGGGAUUGUAGAAGUGAUCAUUAUUAGCUAUUAUACUACUUUUUGUUUUAAAGUUGGUUGAAUACUUUGCCUAUGCUUGCAACUAGUAUUUGUCAUAAAUUUGACUCAAAGCAUUGUCUCACAUUGAAGUGCAGAUGACUUUAUCUCAUAGAAUAUGAAUGUGCAUACACAUCUGACUUGCAAUAACUAAAACACUAGUCUUGGGGCCACCCCAGUCAUCGUUUGGCAAUGUAUACAUCUUUUUGAAAACAACCUAAGAUUUUGUAGCCAUUGAAAAGAAGUUAUCUCAAGGAUUACAUGUAAAACCUAUUCAAAUUUAUUGCAGAGACUUGCAAUUGGUAGCAUACUGAAGAUUGUCUAGCUUAAAAGGAAGUUUAUGGUGAAAUAUUAGUAACUGUCUGAGUCAUCUUAUACGAUUGUUUUGUGUUUAUUUCGGGUGUAAUCUGUGACAGUAGUAUUACAUUACACAUUGUAUUACUUCCUUUAUCAUUGUUGUCAAUACUUUAUUGUGUAUUUUGCAAUAAAUUUGAUAAAAAUCAA